AUGUGGCGUCGCACGUUUCGUAGAGCCGAGUCCCCGCGCCACUCUAUUUCCGGCGCUGAAUCUCCGCACCACUCCUUUUCGGGAUCUGAAUCUGGCUCUGAAUCUCCCCGUUCCUUUGCUUCCGAAGCGCGUCAGCCUAUGCGACUCGUCCCAUCCUUCGCCCCGUCCGUCUCUCAAUUUCGCGAAGUUGUGUCGGCGUUCCGAACGGGUUUUGAAGGCACACUUCCUCCCCUUCUUGACGAUAUUAUUCAGGCUAUCAUUGAGUACGCUGGCUAUUAUGUUAAAGACGUGUCUUUCAGUAGUGACAGGAUGAGUGGUGGGGACUGGGAGGAGACUUAUGUAAUUUCGCAGCCUGUGGAUUUCGACAAGGGUCGGAUUAAGGAGAUUAAAGUUGACGCGGAAGCUCAUGACCAAGGAUGGAGCAGUUAUCCCCAAGACCAAAACACCUACAACAACUCGUGGACAUUCGCUGAACUCGCAAGAAUAAUGCCUGAUGGUUCGCUCUCCGCUUCCAGAGAUGAAAUCUACCGCAACCUUCAUGCCCAGUCUGAGCAAGGGAGAGCAACGCGGCUCGAGUCGGGAUUGCGAUGGCUCAACGCGCUUCCAGAGGCCGAGACGAGCGAGGCGUUGAUUCGCUGCUGCGGCUCCAAGAGGUUCGCCUCUGGCCUCGCAGCGCGCCGGCCUUUCAGAAGCUUCGAGGAUUUGCAAAGUGCUGCUAGCGACGUGUGGUGGAAUCAGGUGGACAUCUCGGGUUGGCUGGAGGCCUUCAGUGCUCAUCCCAAAAUUGGUGACGUGGCAUCUCUCAAGAGAAAGUUCGCCACACAGCGAUGGUCCCAAGGGGAGCAAGCAGCAGCCCUGCAAUCAUCCGACGACGCAUUCUUCCAGGAGAUGGCGGAGUGUAAUCGCCGGUACGAGCAGCGCUUUGGUCACAUCUUCAUCAUCUGCGCUCAGGGCAAGCCCGCUUCGGAAAUUCUUGCUGCGCUGAAGGAGCGCCUGGCAAAUCAGCCCAUCUAUGAGGUGCAGCUGGCAGCGAAAGAGCAAGAGAAGAUCACCCAGCUGAGACUGGAGAAACUGCUGCUGGAUGCUCCCACCAAUGGCACUGGCACCACAGUCUCCUCCCCUGCAACCUACCGCCUGGCUAGAGUCGCAGCACACAUCUCCCCAGGCCUUCCAAGCACAGCUGUACCUGCUACAGUCACACCUGCUACAAGCGCCAAGCAUCCGUCCAUCUCCACGCACGUGCUGGAUGUGGCUCUGGGCAGACCCGCUGCCGGCAUUGAAGUGGUGCUAGAGCGACAGAUAGAAGCCCUAAGGGAAAGUGAUAGUGGUGGUGCAGGGUUGGGAUGGGUGCGAAUGGGUGAGGGAGUGACAAAUGCUGAUGGCAGGGCUGCUGGGCUGCUUGCCAGGGGUGGAGAUGGGGGAGGAGCGGUGGGAGGAGGAGUGGGAGCUGGGAUCUACCGGCUGAGCUUUGGAACGGGGGAGUAUCUUGGUCGGAUGCACGGAGCCAGAGGGGCUGGAGACGCACAAGCUGGCAGUGGCAGUGGUGGUGGGUUCUUCCCUCAUGUGUCGAUAGUGUUCCGUGUGCUGCCAGAGCAAGAGAGGGAGCACUUCCACGUGCCGCUGCUGCUCUCCCCCUUCUCCUACUCCACCUACCGAGGUAGCUGA